ACUGUCAAACAUUAGUUUUAACCAAACUUUUAGCUAAAUAAAAUUUAAUUAAUUGUUUCUCAUUUAUAAAAUAAAAGUAAUAAUUAAACAUGGCAGAUGAUUUAGAAAAUAUUCCUUCGAUAACUGUGAAGGAACCACUGGAUUUGGUGAGAUUAAGUUUAGAUGAAAGGAUAUACGUAAAAAUGAGAAAUGACAGAGAAAUUAAAGGAAGAUUACAUGCAUAUGAUCAACACAUGAAUAUGAUUCUUAGCGAUGCUGAAGAAACGAUAACUACAGUUGAAAUAGAUGAGGAAACUUACGAAGAAGUUUACAGAACAACAAAAAGGAACAUCCCAAUGUUGUUCGUUAGAGGUGACGGUGUUAUUUUGGUUUCACCUCCAAUGAGAACCUCAUAAUUUAGGUUUUAUGUUGUCAUUUUUCUAAAAUUUAUUAUAAAUUUUAAGCUAAUAAAAUAAAUGCAUUUUUUAUGGA